UCUCUUAGCAACCACCAUGUUCCUUUCACUCAGAUACUCCUUCACGUUCCUCUUCACUCUCGUCCUCAUAUCAUUAUCACCUUCACGCAUUGCUUCAACAACACCGCAUGAUCCCACAUUCACACCACAAAGCACCAAAAUAGCCAUCACAAACCACAUUGUUCAAGGUUUCACCAAUGCUGGCAGAGGCUCCAAAAUCUCAGGCAUAUCGCAAUUCAAACGAUACCUCUCUCGUUUCGGGUACCUACGAAACAACAACAACACCAGUUUCGAUGAUGAAUUUGAUGCCAAGUUGGAAUCGGCUAUCGUUAGAUACCAACGAAACCUUGGACUCCAAGUAACCGGGAAGCUCGAUUCCAACACGGUUUCUCAAAUGAUCACACCGAGGUGCGGUGAUCCAGACACAAACACGACACCCCACAAUCACAAUCACCAUCAUCAUCAUCAAAAUCACAAUCACGUGACAAAGAAUUUCGUGUUUUUCCCGGGAAAACCACGUUGGUCACGUCCCAUGCCAAUGACACUCUCCUAUGCCUUCUCACGUGAGAACAUGAUCCACAGUUUGAGCAUAAAGGAGAUAAGAGAGGCUUUCCAACGUGCGUUCCUAAGGUGGGCUUCGGUUAUUCCGGUUAGUUUCGUUGAAGUGGAUGACUUUGACCUUGCGGAGAUAAAAAUAGGGUUUUACAAUGGGGAGCAUGGCGAUGGUGAGCCUUUUGAUGGGGUUCUUGGAGUGUUGGCACACUCCUUCUCGCCCGAGAUCGGGCGGCUCCACCUUGACGCGGCCGAGACCUGGGCGGUGGACUUCCGGGCGACCGCGUCAGAGGUGGCUGUGGACUUGGAGUCCGUGGCCACACAUGAGAUUGGACACUUGUUGGGGUUGUCUCAUAGUUCGGUGAAGGAGGCUGUUAUGUAUCCAAGUUUGAGGCCUAGAGGUAAGAGGGCUGAUUUGAACAUUGAUGACAUAAAAGGGGUGCAAUCUCUAUAUGGCUCAAACCCUAAUUUCAGAUCCGAGUGGUCACUAGAGUCUGAUAUGUCAGCAAAUCAAGGUGCUGAGUUUGGAGUGAAACCGUUCAGCUUGGCUACUAGUUUGAUAAUAAUUAUAAUUGUUCUCAUUCAUAUUUUAUGUUCAUAAUUUGAACUUUUCUUCUUUUUUUCUUUUCA